AUGAAGCUCCACUUAGCCCUUGUGAUCCUGGCUUACACCGACCGCCUGGUCGCGAGUUUUCCGUUGCUGCACAUAGCAUGCACCGACCGAAGGUACGCCUUGCAUUGCUAUGCCCCCCGAGAGCACACCUGCGAGCUCCUGGAAUAUUACCGGUUCCAAAGACAGAUGUUCAGCGUGAUGGCCCAGGUAUUGAUCCUUCCGGAGUAUCGCUACUGCGUCUACAUGUGGGGCUGGGUCUUUCUUGCAGCUCUGGUCGCUGCGAUCUUCGUGGCCGAAGAUGACAACUACCUGUCCAGCGCGAAGAACGAGUUCUUCGUCCGCUUCGUGCUCUUGGCGCUAGUUCAGAUGGUCGCCAACCGUAAGAAGAGAACGAUGGAGGAGCAGCUGCGCUCGCUGUUCCUGACAGUUCUGAAAUCCCGGGAUGUCAGCCGGAGCAUGUUUCAGAUCUUAGAGUUCAUGGUGCCAUCCUUCGUGAUCCUCCCCAUGCUGAAGUAUCCAGGUGAGACCCACUCUUACCACUACGAAGGUGCCAGCGUGCUUUUCAUUGCCUUCCACGACUUCGAGUCAGUGGUUCAGCGAACCACUCCACCGGAGCUGCUGGACUACUUGAACAUGUACUACAACCAUUUCGAUUGGUUCUGCGCAAAGCGUGGAGUGACCAAGAUCGAAACGGUUGCCGAGGAGUAUGUUUGCGCAGUCGGUGUGGAGCCACGGGACUCUUGCCGAAGUAGCACCGAGAAUGUGCACAAGCUUAUUGACAUGGCCCUGGACAUCUUGUUCAUGGAGAUUCCGGACGGCAUGUCGUUCAAGAUGGGCAUCCACACAGGCCCCAUCGUGGCGGGCGUGGUCGGCAGCAAGCUGCCUCGUUACCGUCUCUUCGGGGAUACGAUCAACUCAGCAGCACGCAUGAUGCAGAAAGGAUUGCCUGGCGAGGUUCAGUUUGGCGAGCAGACUAAGGCCAUUCUUCCGGACAGCGUCAAGUACCACCCCAGAGGUCCUGUGGAGAUGAAAGGCAAAGGUCAAGUGAUGACCUACCUCCUCGACCAUGUCAAGCACAGCCGCAACAACACACACAUCAAGACCAAUGUUCUUCUGGCACGGAAUCGCACGCCCAGGGCCUGGCACAGUGCCGUCCUCGAGGGUAAGCGUUGCGCAGAGGGCCCUGUGAACAGUGAUCAUUUGGAAAUCUUCAACGACGUCUUGAAAGAGCUGGAAGCAUCGGAGACCGCGGUAAGGAAAUGGUACCACUGCUCCCAAUGCUGCCCUGCGUGGGCGGACUUCUCGAAGGACCGCGAGCGGGAGUUCCAGAAGUGGUACCACAACAACGUCCUGCGAGCGAACUUUGGAUCAAAGAGACUGUCGAGACAGACCUUGUUUCUCGCGUGUGCCACCCUGGGGGAAGCCGCGUACAUUCUCUUCCUGAACUCGGCACUGAUAGCUGUAGAAGAGUUUUGGGACGGCGUGUUGGAGUUGAAAGUCUACUUCUGUCUCCGAGCUGUCGCACUCGUGGUGUCCGUUGUGAUGGGAACUAUCUGCCCGGCGCUUCUGCGCAAUCGCAACACCGACAGAGCGAUGCGCAUUGGCCGGGUAGUAGCCCAAUCCGGACACUUUGUCUUCGUCGUGCUGGUGAUGCUGUCCUACAUGCUCCUGCCCCGCUAUGCCAACAACGGAAGCGACGCAGUGCCAGACAACGUCGUCGCGCUCUUGUUCUUUCCGGUUUACUCUGCUUUCAUGAUCUCCUACCAGUUGCAGUCCAGUGUCGCGCUCAUCUAUCUCGCUGGCUUCUCUCUGGUUAUUCUCGUUGUCUUCGUAUCGCCUGGCUCAGAUGAAAACGGGUACCCGUCAGAAGGAAUUGCUUUCAUGGGGUACAGCCUCAUCUUCGUCAUGAAGGCCUUCAUCGGCGAGCGCAGCCUCAGAAGCCAGUUCAAAGCCAGACAGGCCAUCGAUGUGGCGAAGACGCGCAUCGAAGGGAUUCUAGAUUCCAUGAUGCCCAAGCUGGUCAUCAAUGAGCUGCAGCGCUUGUCGCGUGACGACGCCUUGCCAUCUCACCAUUACUUUCGGGCCACAGUGGUGCAGUCAGACCUAGCCGGCUUCACACGCCUUGCUGGCUCGAAGACCCCCGAGGAAGUCGUUCGGACCGUUUCGCACCUGUUCGGCCUCUUCGACGACGAAGCCGACCGUUUGGGCAUUUACAAGGUAGAGACGGUGGGCGAUGCUUACAUCGGAGGACAGGCUGAACCACCACUGACGGAGGAAAACCAUCCACCCAAUGUCAUUGACUUCGGCCUCAGCAUGGUCAAGGCGACACAGAGAUGGGCUCGAGAAAGUGGCGAAGACAUCCAGUGCAGAGUCGGUGUUCAUUACGGUGAGUGCCGAGGCGGCAUCGUUGGCACGGACAGGCAGCGCUAUCACCUCUUCGGCACGCUGAUACAUCAGCUGGAGCUUUUGGAGGCCACGGCACCUCCAAACCGUGUUCAGGUGAGUUCAUCUUGCAAGGAGGCCGCAGAGGCAGCCUGGGAAGCUGCCCGAAGCCAGGCAGCGCCCGACUCUGCUGUCGGGACAGUCCGAUCGGCACCCUUCCGCUUCUUUCGGCGGCCGGAGCCAGCUCUUGUGACUUCGAAAGGUGAGCGGCACGAGUUUGCAAGUGUGGGAGGGCGCACCUUCCUCAUCCAAGCGUGGCGGAAAGCCUUGCGCCCGAAGCUUGGCGCUGAUGGCAGCUACGAAAGCCCGGACACAGCAGCCAAAUACUCACAGGCUUUCUCCGCGAAUGCCUCCGUCCCGCCGAGUAUGCUAGAGCAGUUCCCCGAGGAGGUUAGAUCUACCAACGUCAUCUAUUUGAAGGUACUUCGUGGCGACCCAGUCCCGUUCGCCUAUGAUAGCAGCUUUCGCGCUUUCGAGGAUUACAGCGGUUGCCUCGAGAUCUCCAUGAAGCAGAUUGUUCGCCAACGACAAACCUACACGAUCCUCAUUACUCGCAGUACGAGCCAUCAUCCAACACUGUCGACGGACGGCGAUACCACGGAAUCCGGUUGCUAA